AUGGGAAAACUAAAUUUAUUGUUCGGUAAAAAAAAACGUUCUAAUGAUAACGAAAACCCUGUCACUCCAAUACCAUCGACUCUAACGAAAAAUGGGACUCCAAAACUAUCUUUGGAAUAUCCUAAAUCGGAUUUUAUUAUUCCGGUACCAAAAGCGAUUUCUCCUCUACCUUCGGUGCAAACUCAAAAAGAACAAAAAACUGACGUUCUUUUAAAUGAAAUAUUAAGCGAGUUGAGCUUAGUGGGAACGAAAUGGAGUAAUCCACAUAA